GAAAUUUAAAGAGAAGAUGCAGAAUAUCCGUCAAAUAUGCCCUGAAGGUGCGCAGUGGCUUGAUCAACAUGACCUUGAAAUGUGGACUUUUCAUAAGGACGGAGGUCACAGAUGGGGUAUUGCCACAACAAACUCAAGCGAGAGUAUCAACAACGUCUACAGGGAAUGUCGUGCACUCCCCAUCUCUGCAAUUGUUGAGAUGACAUUCUGGAAAACAAACAGAUGGUUCGUCAACCGUCUCCACUGGUGUGAGAAGAGG